GCCUGCGUGAACAAAUCUUCUCAUUCACACACAUUAUUCACCACUCUGCAUCAUCUUCCCACACCAAAGACCAUUAAUUACACCUUGGCGGAUUUGCUGCAUUCCUUAUAAUGAACGGAAAUGCGAAUUAUCUUGACACAACGCAACUUUUUGGAUUCCCAUUGAGCGAUUAUGGUUUUGGCUCGGAAACAACCGGCCUAGAAUACAGCAUUUUAUCAAAUAUGUUGCAGUCUCCCGGCGAGCUGCCAGCAAAUUCGGAUGCUCAAUCUACGUCUAACACGGCAGAGACUUCGCCAUUAGUCUCACAAGCGUCAACCAAUACUGCCAAUAUCUCAUCCCAAGCCGGCGGAGCCGAUCAAACUGCCAUGGCCAUCGAUUCUUCUAUCUGGCCCGAUCCAAAGCCGAUGGAUACACCUUCAAGUAUAACAUCUACCUCUUCGCCAUUUGCUGUACCUCAAGGAUCGCCCUCUGCUGGUUCACCACAGCAACAAAAGCCAACGCACUACGCAAUGACAAAGCGAGAUAGUGUCUCAUCCUCUGGAGGAGGUCGUCGUAAAGGCGGUAGUGGUAACACUCCUGAAGCGGUCUACGCCAGUGUAAAGCGUCCUUUCAAUUAUGCUGAAGGUUUUCAUUAUUUGAUUCAAUACGUUCGAGACAAGAUGCCUCGUGAAGACCUCAUGAGAAUUAGUAGAGCGCUAGCAUUAUUUCGCCCGUCCUUCAUUGCUCUCAUUAUGAACUUGACAGAGGAAGACCUUGUAUUUAUGGAAAAGUGCUUGCAGCGAACACUAUUGGAAUAUGAAAAAUUGAUCAGCUUUUCCGGUACACCGACAGUCGUCUGGCGGCGGACAGGCGAGAUAUGCCUUGUAGGAAAGGAAUUUUCUUUGUUAACCAAUUGGAGCAAGGAUGCUUUGCUUGGCAAGAAAAAGUACAUUUAUGAAUUAAUGGACAGUCAAUCAGCCGUCGAAUACUGGGAAAAGUUUUCAAUGCAUGCUUUCGAUAACACCGAAUCCUGUGCCUUCACCACAUGUAUCUUGCUUUCACCUACGAAUCGGCCCGUGCCUUGCACCUUUUGCUUCUCGAUCAAACGAGACAUCUUUGAUCUUCCAAGCGUAAUUGUAGGCAAUUUUUUGCCUAUACUGAGUUAACUGGUUACGAACCUUCAUUACCAUUUGCAUACAUAUUAUCACUGUUCUUCUUAUUUCUUCUCGUUGCUGUACAUGUAUACCAAACCACCAAUUAAAAUAUGUGCUUGUUACAAG